GUCAGAUCCGUGGCCAUGGCGACACCUUGUGCUGCCGUGUUGCUCGAUCCAGCCGUGGUGCGCAUCGUGAGCGCAUUCCAGAACGGAAUCUACGAAGAUUUAGUGCCAUUGCGCAGCCUUCGACCGCCAAACUUGCGCAGUCGGUACUUUUUCCCCCAAGACACCAUCACAAAGAACGCAGAGUUGCUUGAGCCAUGGCUUACAUCCUACAAGACAACUCGCAUCCAACGCUCGAUCGGGGCCUUUGAACGAUUUCAACUGUGUCUGACGGUGCACGCCAUCUUCGUGGGUGACCUGUCUCUAGUUGGGUUUCUGGACGAGCAUGGGCUCGUUCCAGUCGACGAAGCCCUGAUCGACAUUGCCGCCCGCUACGGCCACAUGCCCAUCGUAGAGUACCUUCACCCACGGAGUACUGCAACGACGCACGCGAUGGAUUGGGCCGCAUCCAGAGGUCACUUGAAGAUCGUCCAAUUCCUACAUGAACUUCGCCAAGAGGGCUGCACAACGAGUGCCAUGUCGGGUGCUGCCGCGGGCGGUCACCUAGACGUCAUCCAGUUCCUGCACGCAAAUCGUACUGAAGGAGCUUCGCACAAGGCGAUGGACAACGCCGCAGACCAGGGCCAUUUGGAUAUUGUGCAGUUUUUGCAUGCGAAUCGCACGGAAGGGGCGUCGUCAAAGGCAAUCGAUUGGAGUGCCAGCAAGGGCCACUUGGCGAUUGUCGAAUGGCUGCACUGGAACCGCGCAGACGGCGCAACGACGGAUGCGCUGGACUGGGCAUCGACCAACGGCCACACCGACGUCGUCCAGUUUUUGUUGGCUCACCGGACAGAAGGUGGGACGUUCAAAGCAAUGGAUGGUGCCGCCCGAAAUGGCCAUUUGGACGUGCUGAAAAUCCUCCACGCGCACGGCUUGACAUGCACGACGGAUGCGAUGGACUUUGCGGCACAAAAUGGAUAUGUGGACGUCCUGGAGUGGCUGCAUCACGUGUCAGCAACGUGCACGGAGGAAGCGAUGACGGGGGCCGCGUCCAAGGGAUUCAUCGACGUUGUCAAGUGGCUUGUUAUCCAUGAUAAACCGUGCGACGAUGGCAAAGUGCUGUGUACCGCCGCGGAAGAAAACCACUUGGAGCUCGUCAUGUGGCUGUGGGAGCACGGAAAGCAAGCGUGUGGCACAAAAGCUAUGCACAAAUCCAUGUCUCGCGGGCAUGUCGACGUCGUCGACUAUCUCUACGCAGCCUUGCACACUUCGUCGUCCUGAGUGCGCCCAUAGAAGCGUGCUCGCCAUCAAAGCGUUGAACGUCCUUGCGACGCUCCUUCCAACCUGGUGAUCUCUGGCACUGGUCCGCCAGCCAACUCCAAGAUCGCUUCGUCCCGUCACCCUCACCACCGCGGCAAUCCACUUCAACGACAGCUACAACACGUCCAGAGGCACGAAUCAAUUUAAUCGCCCGACGCAUUCGGUUGAUCUUGUCGAUUUGUUUGCGUGAAGA